AUGCAACACGUCAAUGGAGUACCCGUUUACAGUGAUGACCCGACAUUAUACUACAGUGGAUUGGAACAUGAGCCUACAUGGUUUAGUGCGCAAGGUGGCGUCUACCGCUGCACUAGCCGACAUGCACCAUAUACCGAGGUGGCUAUCAAAAAGUACUUGGUGGAAGAAACCGACCUAUACCCGGAUCUCUUUGUGAUGCCCAAGGAGCUUGUAGAGAACGAGAUAUACACCAUGACAAAGUGUGUGCACGACAACAUCCUAAAGUUACAAGGUGUUUACCUGCAUCAAGAGUUCGUCUAUCUUAUUAUGCCAUAUUGCACAGGCGGGUCCUUGCAGCAGUAUGUCUUUGAUCAUCAUCUGACUAUCGGCCAACUCGUGCAUAUUAUUACAUCGAUCGCUUCUGGAUUGGCUGAAAUCCAUCGCCAUGGCUACAUCCAUCGAGACAUCAAAUGUGAUAACAUUUUCCUCAUGCAAGAAACCAACGAGAUUUUUAUUGGUGAUUUUGGCGUUGUCUCUAUAUCCCCCGCUGCAGAUUCCAAUGUUGAAGAAGCCGGCGUUGUGUUAUUCUGGUCACCUGAACUCGUGCAGCGGAAGAUAGUGAAUCGUAAAGUGGACAUCUGGGCUCUUGGCAUUGUUAUCCUGGAGAUUCUUAAUGGCGGCAAAGCACCCUAUGAAGACGACAGACUUGAUGAGGAGGAGAUCAAGCAACGUAUCCUUGAGAAUGGCAAGCCCACUUACCCAAGUGACCUUCCUUCAAGAUUGAUUGAUUUGCUGGAUGUGUGCCUAAACCCUGACCCCAAGAGCAGAGGAUCGGCAGCUGAUGUACUGCAGCAUCCAUUCUUGUGUGAUUAUGAACCAGAACCAUUAUUCCCCGGUAAUCGCCUUGACAAGCACGACACCACCGAUGACAUGUCCAUUGAUGAUGACAACACUAAUGAUGAAGCCAUGGAAACCGCCCUCAACAAAUUGCGUGCUUUGGAAUCACUUCAUGGCAUGGACAUUGGAUUGGAUCAUGAUGAACAACAACAACAACAACAACAUGUGACAACAACCACAGCCACCACCACCACCACCAGCGACAAUCAAACAUCGAAGCUUGUGGAAGCAGCAACAGCAGCAGCAGCAUCGGAUACUAUGGAUCAUCAUCAACAACAAUCUUCACGUUCACCAUCCUUAUCACCACCUGGUUCUAAUGAAACGAGCACAUCCUCUCUUGAUACGAAUCGCACCACUGCCACCACGUCUACGAAUGAACAAAAGGAAAAUCAGCCUACUGUUGUUGCUACUACUACAUCUACUAUGGGUGGUAAAAGGAUACCAGCUACGGUUUCUGAUAUUCGUCGUUGUCGAUUACCGUUGCGUGCUUUUAAGCUCACAGAGGAGAAUGCCAAUGUCAACAACACCACCACCAAAGAAAAAGUGCUCAGCGUUGUAAAGAAACGACAAUCCAUUUCCGAGAUCCAUUGGGCUCAAGGAUCCAAAUUGCCAGUAUUCAAAGCACAACCUCCCAGCAUCUUGGAAGAUAUCAAAGAAAAGAAGAUCAAACGUGUCAAAUCAGUACGUUUACCCAAAGAGCAGGCCAAAGAGACCAGCAACAACAAACCUGUACGCAAACCUUUGGUGCGCGCCAAUACAAUGCCUGCAUCACAAAGCAGCAAUCUGUUAUUGAAAAAGCAGCAGCAGCAGCAACAAAAGCCAGCAUCUGUACCGAAAAAGAACCAAAACAACAAUAAGCCGACAUCGCCUGUAUCAUCCAGUAAAUCCAUUGCAAGGCCCAAGGUGAUGUUUAGUCCACCUGCAUCAUCGACAAAAGAACAACGACCUAAAAAGAAGGUGUCAAUUUAUCGAAGGAAAUGCUUGCCAGGUGAAAGUCGUACAGCACGUCUUAUGAUGGGAAUCAGCACUACUGGGCGUGUGCGAUCACCAAGGGAAAACAUGUCUACUACAUCACCAAAUGAAAACAUGCCACCACCAGCACCCUCUUCCAAUAGCAGAUCCUUUUUACGUGACAGCAUCAAAAAACGACCUGUAUCCUUUGCUGAUAAGCAGCCUGAUGCUAAAAAGAUACAUCCAGAAUCAACACAAACAACACCUUUGCCUGUAGCAACAAAAUCAAAGCGGUUCCCUUUUGGUAAAAAGCCAUCAUCAUCAUCAACCAACAACAAAGGUCCACAACAACCCACCAAGAGCACCGCUGCUGCUACCAGCUCAUUCAAAGGCAUCAAGGCAGUCCGUGUUCAUUAA